UCGAACGGGUGCUAAAAGUAACUCUAUGAACUUGCCCAAACUCCCGAUUGGAAUCUUCGCAAAUCUCACACUCACCUUUUGGGUUUUGAAAAAAGACAGAGAGACAGAGAUGGCAGGGAAGGAGCAAGACAACCGUAUAUUUGUGGGAGGUUUAUCGCGGGACAUCACUGAACGUGAGCUGGAAGAUGCUUUUAGUCGUUUCGGCAAAAUUAUCGACUCCCAGAUUAUGCUGGAAAGAGACUCAGGCCGUCCUCGUGGAUUUGGAUUUUUGUCCUUUGCAGACCGCCGGGCAAUGGAAGAUGCGAUAAGGGAUAUGCAUGGUAGGGAGUUUGGUGACCGGGUCAUCUCAGUGAACAAGGCCCAGCCUAAAUCAGGAGAUGAAGAUCUGGAACAUGGCUAUGGAGGUUAUUCUUCAGGGGGCAGGGGUAGGGGAAGGAGCAGUUAUGGUGGAGAUCGUUCAUCAGGGCAGGACGAUUGCUUCAAAUGUGGUCGACCAGGUCAUUGGGCCAGAGAUUGUCCAUCGGCAAGCGGUGGCAGAGGUGGUCGUCCAUUCUCUCCUCCACUUUCUAGGUAUGGUGGGGCUGUUAGUCGUGGGGAUCGCUAUAAAGUUGAUCGUGACAGAUAUGUGGACAAUAGAUAUGAGAGAGGUAGUUAUGGUGAUAACGAUCGGUACGAAGAUCGAUAUGUUAAUGACAGGCAUCCUCCAGCUAGAGACCGAUUUGUAUUAGAUCAGUAUGAUCGUUAUCCCAAUGGUAAUGGCAAAAAUAGAGGCGGCAGAGGUAGCAGCGACAGGUAUGGAGGUGGAGGGCCUGCACCUUAUGGAAGAAGAAACUAUAGGGACAAAGCAGGUCCUUAUGACCGCCCUAGGCAAGGACGACCUUCUUCCUUCGACCGGUACUAGGUAUUUCUGCAGUUCUAGUGAUCUUCAACAACUUUGACGUGUUUACAUUUCGGCUUUAUUUCUUGCACUUAAUGAAGAUUGGUAAAUUCAUUUUGGUCAAUUUCAAAUCUUUCUUAUCAGUGAGUGUUGUACUAAAAUAGAAGGUUGGUUGUUACCAAUUGCAAAUUUAUAUUUA